GAAGAACAAUUAAAAAAAAUGGUGGAAUCAUUUUCUCAAAUCAACUCGUUGCCUUUAAAACAGAAUUAGAAAAGAAUACGUGUUACAUGUGAGACGAAAAUCGAAAGGAAAAAGACACACUUGUGUACAGGAAUAGGAAUUUAAAUCAAGGUGCAAAAGUGCAAACUAAUUGUUGCAAAAGCUAAGAAAUUAAAAUUAAUCCGGUUAAUCAGAAAGUAAAGAGUAAAUGUUUACCAUUUCGUAUUUGCCUCUCUCCGAACUGCGCAUGCGCAGUUAUGAAACCUCCUUUUUAGAGAAUUUUUUAAAAGAGAGUCGGUAAGUCUAUUGGAGAUCCAAAUGCUUUUUGGUUUUCUUUAGAAAAUGUAAUUUUUUUUCUUUCUGAUCAACAAUCUAAUUAAAUUGUUUUGUUUCUCAUUUUAUAUUAAUUUUUCUUGAUUUUCUUAUUCACCUGAUCCCUUUUCCUCCCUCCCCAGCCCCCCACAGUUUUGUCGCCUUAAGUGGCCUCUCUAACCCUGGGCACCCGUUUUGUGCGGGUAAUAUGACAAAUCAAGCUCCACAAUCAAGUACACCACCGACCAUCUCCUCGUCUUAUCCAUUACCUCCUACCUUAUUGAUUCAAUGGUAUUCUGAUGAAAAUAUUUCUCAAGGCCUUAACCCUGAGCCACCCGCUCCAAUUACCGAUGGAUCUUAUUCUAUGUUUGCUGUUGAGAUAAAAGUUGAUGAGCCGAUAAUUCGUACUUUAGAAGAUCAGGAUAUCAAACGUUUAUACCCCAAAGAAUAUGACUACCGGCGUGAGAUUAAAAAGAUGAACGUCUCUUUGAUGGCGAGUAUGUUAGACCUUUUAGAUGCGUUAAUUAAGUGCCCAGAAUCACCCAAAAGACAGGAAAAAUGUACCGAUAUCGAAAUGUUAUUCAUUCAAAUGCACCAUCUUCUAAACGAGAUGAGACCACAUCAAGCCAGGGAAACUAUUCGUGUUAAAUUGGACCGACAAAAGAAACAACGUCUAGAAAUGAUUAAUAAACUUGAAACUCAUAUUGAGGAAGUUAUUGAGAUUGUCAACUCUAGUAUUACCUCGAUACCUGAUAUUGUGGGCUCAUCAAUUGAUCUAACUGAUUAUAUGGAUGAUGAUUCAACUAGUGACAAAGAAGAGACUGAUGUAGAUUCAAAUUCUAACAAUUCCAGGGAUGAACAAAUUGAUCAAGUUACUCUGUUGACUCAAUUGGAUUUUCUUAUGUGUGAUAUUGUUGAUAAUCUACAAGUUGAAGCUUAUUAAGAAUUAUUUCAGUUUGUGAAAAGAAACAUUUUUAGGAAAACAAAAAUCAAAGCAAAAAGAAAGGAUAAUCCAUUUUCAUCCAUUUUCCCUUCAUCCAAAUAAUUAAAGCCCAUAAUCUACGGAUAAUUGAGAUAAAAUUGUUUCUCAUUGUGUCUUCAACACGAGCAUCAAAAAUCUAGCCAAAGGACAAUUUAUAUGUAAAUCAUAUUCACCAUCUUCUACUGUGAUCACAACUUUUUUUUCUUCGAAUUUAAAACUUUUGUUAUCAUCUAGCUUGAAGCUAGUUCAU